AUGGCACAAAAUAAUCACAGUAUUGUCACUGAAUUCAUCCUCGGCUUUACGGACCAUCCAGAGCUGCAACCUAUUAUCUUCCUGCUAUUUCUGAUGAUCUAUGUGGUCGUAAUCCUGGGGAAUACAGGCAUAAUCUUAUUAACCACACUUGACACACACCUUCACACCCCCAUGUACUUUUUCCUCAGCAAUCUGGCCUUUGUCGAUGUGGGUUAUUCUACUACCGUUGUUCCCAGUUUGCUGAUGACCUUUGUGGCAGACAACAAAGCUGUUCCACUCCCAGGGUGUGCUAUGCAGUUCUUCUUUUUCUGUGUGUUUAUCACAAUUGAUGUUUGCCUUCUGGCCAUUAUGGCUUAUGAUCGCUUCACUGCCAUUUGCAGUCCAUUACUCUAUCAUGCUACCAUGUCUAAGAAGCUUUGCAUUGCCUUAGUAUUAAGUGCAUAUAUCUGUGGCUUUGUAAAUUCUGCUACUCAGACUUCAUUGAUAUUUACCCUGUCCUUUUGCAGUUCAAAUGUCAUCAAUCAUUUCCUUUGUGACCUCCUUCCCAUCCUAAAAGUCUCCUGUUCAAGCACGCAGAUGUCUAACAUGGUGCACUUUGUUUUUACUAUUGUAAUAGUAGUGACAUCUUUUAUGACUAUCCUCAUCUCUUAUAUCUAUAUAAUUUUUGCCAUCUUACAGAUUCGCUCUGCUCAGGGAAGAUACAAAGCUUUUUCCACCUGUGCUUCUCACCUGACAGCUGUCACACUCUUCUUUGGAACCAUCACCUUCAUGUACAUGAGGCCCAAUUCAUCAGUCUCAAUGGAUAAAGACAAAAUUGUUUCAGUAUUUUAUACUCUUGUGAUCCCAAUGCUCAACCCAUUAAUAUACAGCUUGAGGAACAAAGACAUGAAGGAUGCUUUCAUAAGGGUAAUUGGGAAGAUCCAUUGA